GACUCGGAGGCGCUGCUCAGCCAGGCCAAAGGACUCGGCAGUUACCUCUUCAAUUUUGCCACUGCCGCUACGAAGAAAAUAUCUGAAUCUGUUGCCGAAACAGCACAUACAAUAAAGAAGUCUGUAGAAGAAGGAAAAAUUGACAGUAUCAUUGACAAGACAAUUAUUGGAGAUUUUCAGAAGGAACAGAAAAAAUUUGUCCAAGAGCAGCAAACAAAAAAAUCAGAAGCAGCAGUGCCUCCCUGGGUAGACAGCAAUGAUGAAGAGACAAUUCAACAACAAAUACUGGCCUUAUCAGCAGAUAAACGAAAUUUUCUGCGGGAUCCUCCAGCAGGUGUGCAGUUUAAUUUUGACUUCGAUCAGAUGUACCCUGUUGCAAUGGUGAUGUUACAAGAAGACCACCUUCUCAAUAGGAUGAGGUUUGAUCUCGUUCCUCUAUAUCUGGUUGAGGAGGUGUUCUGGAGAAAUUACUUCUACAGGGUGUCCCUAAUUAAACAGUCUGCACAACUCACCGCACUUGCAGCUCAACAACAAGCAGCAGGAAAAGAAGAGAGCAAAGGCAGAGAAGAGGACAGUCAACUGAAAGAAACAGUACGACCCAAAACACCACCUGUUACAAUAAAGCCUCAAAUAAAAUCUCAAGAGGACGAAGAAGAGAUUUCCACAAGUCCAGGUGUAUCAGAAUUUGUGAGUGAUGCUUUUGAUGCCUGUAAUCUGAAUCAGGAAGACCUAAGAAAAGAAAUGGAACAACUGGUGCUAGACAAAAAGGAAGAAGAGACUUCAGUAGUAGAAGAAGAAACUGCUGAUUGGGAAAAGGAAUUACAACAAGAGCUUCAAGAGUAUGAGGUGGUGACAGAAUCAGAAAAGCGAGAUGAAAACUGGGAUAAAGAAAUAGAAGAAAUGCUGCAAGAAGAAAAUUAA